AUGGUGGACUAUCGCUCCUCAAGGUUGUCGCUUUUCCACCUCCUCCUCCUCCUCCUCGUCUCUCUGAGCUCGCUGUCCUCCUCCAUCCACGUUACACCCUCUUCACCUUGUCGGUCAGUAUGCACAGCUUCGUCGCUUCGCACAACCGCGGACGACUUCGUCUGCUCCGACAAAGACUUCGCCGCUACAACCAACGGCACACGUUUUCAGGAUUGUGUUGAGUGUGAGCUUGGAAGCACUGCGCGCUACGGUGUAAUGUCUGCUUGCACUUACAUCAGCAUAGAUAACCUGCGAUUUGCCCUCUCAACUUGUGUAUUUGGAGUCCCCGUAGAGAAGGAGUCAAUCAGCACACCCUGCCAGGUCACAUGCGACCCUCUUGGAGCGGCCAUCAGUCACAACCUCGAGACAAAUGCCACGGUUGAAGACCUAUCCUACUGCAAUAUCCCUAGCUUUAAGAAUACGGCGGGCAUCAACCGAUGCGCAGAAUGCUAUGGCCGAAUGAACGGCGAGGCUUUCAUGGCAAACUUCCUCCAAGUCCUCCAUAUAGCCUGCUUACAGCCGCCUCGGCCUUCUCAACCGUUUCCUGUGGCCGCAAACACGAUCUUCAAUUCGACCCCUAUUGCUACACCGACUCCUAGCUCAACUGCUGUCCCAGGUCCGAGCAAACCCGCAAAUCUUGCUCUCAUGAUCUCCCUUCCUGUUGUUUUUGGUGUUCUCAUCCUUGGCAGCAUUGUUGCCUGCUGUUUCUACUCAGCCCGACACCGCCGUCGUAUCAUGGCCGAGCGGAACGGCAUGAGAAGGAUCCAAGAUAAACACUCUCCCACAUUCCCACCCCAUCACCAGCACUAUCAUCAGAAUGAGAUGCAGGCCCAAAGCCCACAAGGGUUUGAAUCCGCUCCAGUGCCCGAACCAGUUUACUAUUCACCCAUCUCCGACCAAAAAGAGAAUCCCUACGUCCAACCACAAGGACCAACCUCACCCCUACCACCCUUUCAGCAGCCCCAAUUCCCCAUGUACAAAUCCUACUCCCCAGCCGACUACGCCCACCAGAACCCCUCUCCUGCUCGUCCCUCAAUCGACACCAGCCAAAUCGGCCCUGGGCCAAACCAACAAAAAGUCUCCAACCUCCAUGAUCAAUACUUUCCACUUCCUCCUCCACCACCGGCACCACCGCAGCUGGAGAUGCAGCCACCACCACCACUGCCAUCGAUACCGCAGGAGGGAGUGGAGUCUCUAAGACAGCAUCAUAUGAAAACGCCGAGUCUGGCAAUGCCGAUGCCGAGGUCGAAGAAGAGUUUAGAUAUACAGGGCCGAACACAGGAGCAGCAGCGGCAGCGAACAGGAGUGGGGGGAAUUGGUGAAAGUGGUGAUAGGGAUGCGAUACCGCUACAGGAUUAUGGCAGGCCUAGCGGGAACGAAGAGUGGACGACAGGGGAUGAUGGAGUAGAAAGCCCACAGGUAUUUGUAUAUGAUGCAGUGAAUGAUCGGUAUGUCAAGGAGAGUCCGAGGGAGCGAACGCCAACGCGCUAG